AUGUUCAGAAGUGCAUUCAGCAAAGCACUUUCAAUGCAAUUAUGCAAAUCAAGUGUGCAAUCGACUGCCAAGUCAAGAGCUUUAAAUGCAUGCGCAGUUAAAGCCAUCCAUACCAAAACCACAUUCAACACAAGGUCACUAUCCGCUAGAUUGAUGCAACCUACACUGAUCAGACAUUUCGCAACUACACCCGAGUCUGUUGUUGUGAAACCAGCUUCUACACAGGAAGGAUUGGAUAUAACAGAAAGAGCUGUCAAGCAAUUACAACUAAUCCAAAAGAGAGAAAACGAUACCGAACAAAUGCUUAGAAUUUUAGUUGAUUCUGGGGGUUGCCAUGGAUACCAAAACAAGAUGGAAUUGACCAAUACAUUAGACGAAGAUGAUACAGUAUUUGAAAAGGACGGUGCUCGAGUGGUAGUCGAUAGUGUAUCACUCCAGUUUUUGAGAGGAUCUAUGGUGGAUUAUGUGCAAGAGUUGAUUGGAUCUACCUUCCAAGUUGUUGAUAAUCCAAAUGCAAAGCACAGUUGUGGUUGUAACAUCUCCUAUGAUAUUGACUUGGACAAGAUUUACUGA